UUGCCCUCAUUACAUCAUGGUUUGGAGGCGUUCGUCUGAUAUUCCAUUCCCUUCCGUUUGGCACCGAUUUCAGGCCAAAUCCGGAACUAGCGAUCGACAGGCAUGGUACGUUGUUCAAGAUCUACCGGAGGAUCUUUUCGAGGCGGCCGUCCAACAUAUGACCGGUCCAUUUUCCCGGGAUGAACUUAUGAAUCGCACAUUGGGCUUGGGACAGGACAAACUGGCGAUGGACACGGUCAUCAGCCUGUGGCGCGAGAUGGUUAGCCAAAGGUUGUCCCUAGUGUGCUUCGAAGAAGGUUCCAGCAAAAUUGUCGGUCUUAAUAUCCUGGCAGUUUCCGGCAAAGCCGAUGCCGCUGAUGAGAAAUUCCCCAGUGCCAUAUUUCAAACGAUCUUCGACGUCAUCGGGUACGUCUGUAAAUCGGCGAACGUUUUCGACAAAUACGGAGUCAACGAAUACCUUAGCGCGAUGGGACUUUCCGUAGAGCCGGAAUACCGAGGUCGAGGAAUUGCAACCGAGAUACUCAGGGCACGGGUUCCACUUUGUCGAGCUGUAGGCCUCCGGCUGACGUCGACCUGCUUUACCGGACCAGCUUCUCAGCAUGCGGCUCGAAAGGCAGGCUUCGUCGAAGACUUCUCUGUAGAAUAUGGAGCCCUUGCUGAAAUUGACAAGCGGUUUGUGUUUCCGGGAAUCGAACAGGAACGGUGCAGUUAUAUGAGUUUGAGCAUCGAUUAAGAUCGUUCCGAGAUUCCCAUAAACUUCACAAAUUUAUUGGCACUUUAAAGAUAUUAUAAUAGAUGUCAGAACACGUGAAUAAGUCAUGCAUUGGAAAUCCAAAAGAGACAUCUUUUGAUUUAAGAAGUAAAAAAAAAAUGGUCAUUUAAAGAAAGAACAGAGUAACUAGUUCAGCGGAUCUCAAUCGUUUGUUAAAAAGAGAAAAAUACAGUUAUUAACGAACUCAAACUCUUUCCAGAACCAGAGCAAUCUAAGGCAAAAGAUUCAAGAUGUUAAAAAUAGGCGCCAAAUGACGUGAUUCGCCAAGUGUAACCCAGUUGGCUUCACUACUGCAGGUGCUUCACUCGAGAAACGUGAGCUCGAAUGAGUUUUGUUGCAUUGUCCGAUUGUGAUGCAUAGUCACUGGUCAGAUUAUGUCACACGGUCGGAUUAUGUUGCAUGGGUAGAUAAUGUCACAUGUUGAAAUUAACGAAAAUGAUCCUUCAUUGACCAGUUUCAAUAGUGUACAGAGAACUGUAGAAAUUCUAUGCUAACUUUACGGCGCAAGUUUAAUAACAUCAUCCUUAUUUUUUGUCAUUUUUGACAUGGCUUUUUUUAGUUUCUUUAAUACUUCACU